AUGGAAGUUUCAAGAUUCAACCUUUGGUUUCAUCUCUUUAUCCUCAUAUCCAUCUUCUCCAUCUGUAAAUCAGAUGAUCCAGAUUGUGUAUACACGGUGUAUAUAAGAACCGGCUCAAUCAUUAGGGCUGGCACUGAUUCAAUUAUCAGCUUGACUCUGUAUGAUGCGUAUGGCUAUGGAAUUAGAAUCAACAAUAUCGAGUCAUGGGGUGGGCUUAUGGGCCUAGAUUACAACUAUUUUGAGAGGGGAAACUUGGAUAUCUUUAGUGGGAGAGGCCCAUGUUUAACUGGACCGAUUUGUUCGAUGAACCUCACCUCCGACGGGUCUGGCCCACACCACGGGUGGUACGUUAACUACGUGGAGGUGACCACCACUGGGGUUCACAAGAGUUGUACCCAGGUAAAUUUUACUGUAGAACAGUGGUUAGCCACUGAUAGGUCACCCCAUGAACUCACUGCCAUCAGGGACUAUUGUUCGUCCGAUGACAAGAAACGCCUGAUUGACGAUUCUGAUUCCGAUGACAACCCAGUAAUGUAA